AUGCAUUACAUUGCCUUCUUCGUUCUGCUCACAACCGCUGUCUUGGCUGAUGCCGGGCUUCAGCACUUCUCCUUCUCCCCACCCGUGGGCUCAGGAAGUGGCUCUCAGUACAGUCUAACUGGAGAGGGACGGAUCACAGCUGUCAGAGUGUGGGAGAACUUCAACGGCUACAUCUUUGGCUUCCAAUUCCGCUACGACUUCAUCUGGUCCCCUGUUGCUGGUCAUAAAAGGGGUCAGGUCCUAGAGAUGGAGUUGUAUGAGGGUGAAGCCAUCGUCCAGAUCUCUGGAAAACAUAAUCACUACUUGUAUUCAGUAGUUUUCACCACUAACAGAGGCCGCUCGCUGUUCGCAGGCCAACCCGUUGGCCAUUCAUUCAACAUGUAUCCUGAACACAGCGGGGCCGAGCUGCGCUUCAUCAGCGGCAGAGUUCACGGAGCCAUCACCUCUAUUGGAGCCCACUGGGCUGAUUUUAAUCCAGCUGCAAACAGAACCAAGCACUGA